AUGCCGCUGGCGCAACAAACCUCUGCAUCCCAAACUCCUCACAUCUCGCCCGCUGAGCUUUCGUACCUCUAUGCCUCCCUUUCAUCGCCCGAAGGCGCGAUUCGACCCGAUGGACGCUCACCCACUCAAUUCCGACUCUUGAGCGCCGAAACAGGCAUUCUUCCGGGGACGAACGGGAGCGCGCGAAUCGGGUUUGCGGAUGGCUCUGAAGCUAUCGUUGGCGUGAAGGCGGAGCUGGAGAAGACGCUUGCGACGGAUGCGCUUGACUUGAGACAGUUGCAGGAAUUGGAGCAAGAUGAUGUUACUGGUGGAGGUGGUGGUGGUGAUGAGGAUGGGGGAGAUGGGAGCAGUCGCGCAGCGCCUGGUCAGGGUUCCUGGGUGCAGAUGUCCAUUGAGAUUCCGGGUUUUCGCGACGAUGAUGCUCUGCCUGUGUUCUUGUCUGAGAUGAUGAGAGAAUCGCUGGUUAGUUCGAGUAAUGCUGGCAAUGACGAGGAUAAUCGCGAUAAUAAGAUGGUUGGAGGCUUGAAAGGUCGACUAGUGAUUAAUCGGCGGUGGCAUUGGAGGCUCUAUAUCGACGUGCUGCUUUUAUCUCCACCUCAAUCUUACCCUUUACCACUACUUUCGUUGACUACGCACUUGGCCCUGCUAUCAACGCGAUUGCCCAAGCUCAAAUCGCAAGGCGAAGAAGAUCCAUUCUUCGAGGACGAUUGGAACCUAGCCGAAUACCUCUAUCCGCGCCCGGAAUCAUCUCCCCUGAAACAAAAAAACAAGAAUAAUCGACGACGUCAGGCUCGUCCACCGGUCACUCUACUGGUCACAUCCAUGGGCAGCAAUGUGAUUUUCGACCCAACGCGCGAGGAAAUAUCGGUAGCGGAUGCUGUGCUGGCUGUCUCCAUUGGUCGCGAGCAAGACGCAGAAAACAGCGAUGCGAAUUUGAAACUUCUUUCUAUUCGCACUAUCGAUCCGCCUUCGCGGUUGACUCAACAUGGCGUCCCGGACUCGGAAAAUGCAGCCACUCUGAGUGCUGCUACUAAUGCCACUGCAGCAGCAGCAGACAUCCCACAUAUUUCUGACGAGGAUGUUCCUGGUGUGUGGAAACCCAGGAGGGGUGGCGUAUCGCGCAGUGUCAUAUCUAAAAUAAUCAAAUUGGUUUUAGCUAAGGGGGGAGUUGGCGACGAGGUUAUGGAGGGAUUAGAAGGUGUCGAAGUUAGCUGA